AUGGCUAUUCUGAAUUCAAACACCAAUGUUACUGAAACCAUUGUUGAACCGGAAAUCUCCAGACAUAAAGAUCCGGUCUUCACCGUAGUCACCAACCAACCCACUUCGCUGGAAGAAACGCUUGAAAGUAUCGUAUCGUCAGAGAUUGUAGCGGUUGAACCUCAAGAUAACCCACCGCUAAGUAAUUGUGAUGCAGACCGUUACGGUGCAGUUCCCUGCCCAGAUUCUUGGCAGUACGACUUUGAGCGCACUAAAAAAGGGAAAAAGAAGAAAAUUACAUUUGUUGAGGAAGAGACUGAAGACAGUGACCAAGAUCCCGAAGACAGUGACCAAGAUCCCGAAGAUCAAGACCAAGAAGAUUCUCUUGGUUACGAAGAAAAUGAUGAAGUCAAAAGUAAAUCAGCAGUACAAACAUCUAACCAGUCUGACGAUCAAAGUAAUGGUUUUGAACCUCCGCUCAACUUUGAAGUAGCUGCAAAAAAGCUGGAUUCGUGUUUAGAUCAAAGUACAUCUAUCCUAAGAUCGGAUGUGAAGCCUAGUUUGAAAGGAAUCGGAUGUUCUAGUUCAUUUGAGGAUCUCACUCCAAACCUGGACGUGAGUGAUAGUGCUGAAGAAGAAGAUAUUAUUCCUAAGUUGAAGUGCACACAAAACAAUGAAACCUCAAACGUCGAAGAACUAUUGGCCCUCUGCUCGGGAAAAUUCCCUGAUUCACUUUCUGGAAGAGACACGCAAAUAAGUAGUUUGACUGAAAAUGCAGAUGACGAAUCUGAUGAAGAAGUUAAGCCGUUCGCAAGAAUAAUUCCAAUGGCUGAUGAGGAUGACGAGGAAGAUGGCUCCAGUAGUGCUCUCCCAAAAUUCGUUUCUGAAAAUGACGCAGAUGAACCUGGAACUGUGCCUUCUUUUUUAGAGGAUGGAGAAAAAUCACUGUCAAAGUCAACAGUUGUACAAGGUACUGGAGGCAACAACGAAAUAUGCUGGAAACAAAACUUAACUAUCAACGCUCGUUGAAGCUCUCGAAGACAGUUUAGUGUGGUGCAACGUCCAUAUCGUCAUCGAUAAGUAAACUUAUCAGCGCAUAUGUUGCUAUAGAUUAAAUGAGAAUGGUAGGAGAGUAUUAUCUUCGCCUUAGUUUGGAAGGAAGUUACUUGACUUUGUUGUAAAUGCCUGGCAACAUGAUCAAUAGUGCAAAUAAGAGGCUAGAUUUGUCCACUAACGAUGACAAUCACACUAACAUGCAUCAUCAUUCUUAAUCAUGCACUGUACUUGAACAAAUUGGUUCGAUUCUUUUCAACUUAACUAUCGAUUAAAUAUGAAGCGGGAAGAUUAAGCACAUUCAAAUAUAAAUGACGUGUACGUGCUGAAGUGAAAAUUUUUACAUUUCUUGUUUUUUUGUGUGUUUGUUUUGAAGUACAUUUGUCUGUACUUUCAUGUUAUCUUUCAUGGAAAUUUCGAAGGCGUCUCCUGGUUUCGUAACGCCCGUUUGAACUUUGAUGGAGAAUGGGUAAAGAAUAAAAUUCUAGCGGAUGCAUUAAAUUGCUAGAACUCACAACUAUGUCAGUAAAAUAAACAAUUAGAACUUUUAA